AGAUUUGGCGUUAAAGCAAGAUGGAAACUCUGUGGGUCUUGGCCAUCGUAGUAUUCGGCAUAUCAAUAGGUGUAGCCCCAGCGAAAGGUGGCUGUCUUGACCAGAACAUGGAUGUGGCCAUUGUUGGUGACAUAUCGAAAAGCAUGAAGAGUGAUCACCGAAGUAAGUUGAUAGGACUGGUUAAAUCGUUGGUGGACAAGAUGGGUGUUUCUCGUGAAGGAAAUCACUUCGCAAUUGCCUCCUUUGGACCGUACGCCGCAAUCAAUACCAAUUUUAACAACCAGAAUAACUACGAAGCGGAAAAUUUAAAAAGAGUCGUUAAUCAGAGAUUUCGUGUUGUUCCAACAAAAGUUGGAACGCGCACUGAUCUGAUUCUGCAAAAGGUCAAUACCGCAUUGUUCACCCCAGCGGAAGGAGACAGACCUGAUGCCAAGAACAUAAUGUUCAUCUUCACUGAUGGAGAGCCCUGGAUUGGCAAGUGGGAUAAAAGAAAAAUGAUUCCCUUUGAGGAUUCCACAAAGGCUUUGGAGGUACUAUCGCUAAACCCUUAUUUAACUUUGAUUUGGUGAAUCUGUCAGUGUUCGAUAUUGACUGUUGGGUAGGAGACAAAGACAGCUUUGAAUAUGAUAUGACAUAUCCUGUUGGCUCAAGUACCUUUAUUUCCCUAGUAUUAUUAUUUUCUAGUCUUAUAGUAUCAUGCUUCAUCUGCU